AUGGUGGUGGAGGCGGAAUUGCAGGUUGAUUUCGUAGGGGGAAGGGUAGCCGAUGCUGGUGCUGGAGGUGGAAGUGGAGGUGGAGAUGGAGAUGGAGUCAGGGGAGCAUUUGGAAAAAGUGCCUUGAUUGCUUCUGGUUUGGCCACUUACACAUUGCUGGGAUUAGGAGUGAGGACUCCUGAGAAACCAUGUUUGAACGACGUAACAGAAGUUGGCACUUGGCGAAAGACGGUUUUUACAACGGCAAUUAUCCUCGUAGUAUUGACACUCCUUCCAGUGUGGGAUGAACUUGCCGAAGAGUUGGGUAUAGGUCUUGUAACCACGUUUUGA